UUGUGCUUGCGCUGCAAGGCGAAAGAAGACAAAGAAAAACGAACGCGCCACAACAACGAACGAUGGAGCGCGAGAAGAAGAAGUUGGGGCUGCGGCGAGCCAGCAGUGAGAAUACUGCGGCAGGACCCGCAAGUCCCGAACAUCAACAGCAGCAACACCAAACAAACUACAGUGCAUCCCUCACUCAAGAAGACAGGCACUUGAUCCUCGACUCCCACAUUGUUCACCAAGGUGUCCUCGAGAAGAAGGUCAACAACAAGCACUGGCGCAAGCGAUUCGUCCGCCUGCAGGGCGACCAUCUUGUGGAAUAUGAUAUGGCAGACAUGAAGAAGCUGACACCAGAGGCAACUCCAGUCGACAUUGUCCCUGUCCAGAAUCGAACCGUCCUCUGCAACGUGGCCAAGAACAAGUUCAUCCUGCAGCACCUGGAGCAUGGCCACAAGGAGCAAGCAGCGUACAAGGCCGAGUCCGAGGAAGGCAUGAACGUGUGGAUCAACGAAAUCUGCAAGCUGCAGGACCAGAACUCUGCCACCGACGGACCCACGCUCCGCUACUACCGCGGAUCGGCACGAUCAAAGAUGAAGCGAGCUGCGACAGGGCUGCUGCACAAGAUCACACACACGGAGAAGAUUGACGACUCGCACGAGCUGCUGUCUGUGCGCAAGAAUGUGGCGGAUGCCAUGGAGAGCACGUGGGUGGCGCUGCUGCGCCUGCGCGAGCUACUUGAACAGGGCAGCCGCUGCCAAUACGCGCUUGUGGAACUUGUGUCGCACCUCCACCACUUUAUCGACAUGGCUUCAGAGGCAGCCGUGCUUGCAGAGGAGAGAGGCUUGUCUGAUGUCGUGGACCGCAAGUGCCAGCAGCACAUUGCUGCCCUCUGUCACACCAGUCGGCAACUUGCAGAGUUUUGUGACAAGGCGCACCCGCCACUCGUCCUUGACGACCGGCUGCUGCCGCUGCAAAAGGAGAAGCUAGCCGAGUUCCACCACUACGCCAACGUGCUGCUGGAGCGCUCGGCGCAGGCGCUGGCGGACAUUGACGCCGUUCUGCCACACCGCUCGCGGUCGGGGUCAUCCGGCGCGCACGUGCGCACAUCCCACUCGGCCGACGUGCACCACUUGCAGCACGAGCAGCACGGCCGGCUCUCGCACAUCCACCUGCCCACGGCUCACCUGCACCUGCACCGUCGCAGCAGCGCAGCCCAGCAGCACCAGGGCAACGCCGCUUCGCUGUCCACAUCGGCCCCCGUGACGCCAGAACCACCAGGACAGCCGGCAUUGGCCUCUGCCACCUCAACAACGGCAGUUACAGCAACCACGGCCACAGCAACAAACGCCAGCUCCAAUGCCACCAGCCCGCCAACCACGCCGACCGCCAAUCUCAACUCGGAGCAAGUCAAGCGGUUCACGCUGAUUGGAUAUGACGCAACGCGCGUUGCCCGCGCCCUGAGCAACCACCGCCACGACAUGCUCUCCGUGUACCGCGAGCUGACGGAGGCUGAGCGCGACGGCACAACGCACCGCUCGCUGUCGACGGGGCCGGGCGAUCGUCGCAGCAUCGGCCGCAAGGUCGCACACAGCCUGGCGUCGCUGGGCAGCGUGCACAGCCUGAGCGAGGCGCACCUGUCGAGUGCAGCACUGGCCGCGGCACAGCACUCGCAUCACGCGCACGAGGGCCGCAAGCGCACCAACACGCUCACGAUUCGGCGGCGGCGGAGCUUUGGCAAUGAGGGCGACGAGCAGGUGCAGCCGUUUCAGCACCACCAGCACCACCACAACCACCACCGCGCAUCGGUCACUGGCCGGGCAACCAGCCCCCGCAGCCGCAACUCGGCCUCCACAUCAGCGGCAGCGCCGCCCCUCACGCCAACACGCACCGCGCCAACCGCAACCGAGCAAGGCGCGGGCACGCGUGCGACCAGUGCACCGCACGGCACGCGGCCACGAUCCCGCCACGUCUCCGCAACGGAGGACAGGCGACGCGCGCACCGCGUGAGCGAAGACAUUGCAGCACGCGCGCUGGAGGGGGAGCCAGACGGCCGCAACAGAUCGGUAAGCGAGCCACACCUGGGUGACGCGGGCAGUGGUGCCGCCACGAACCAACAACACCGACAACAGCGGCAGGAACGUGAGCGACGAGGCAGUCACACGGGUGGUGAUGAUGAUGAGGAAGACGAUGAUGACAGCGACCGGGAGGAGCUGGUGCAGGUGUUGAGGGCACUGGAUGGUACGCGGUUUGAUGACGCAGAGGGCAGUGGCUCCAACAACGAUCAACAAGGGCAGGGUACUGGACGCGGGCGCCGGUUCCGCGGUGCGCGGCUUGUUGACGGCGCGUUUGUCAUGCCGCCACUAGCUGAGACUGCCGGUGACAGCGGCGAUGAAGGCAGCACCCAUGGCGGCGAGGGUGAUGGUGCGUCGCAGCACGAUGAGGAAGGUGCCGGAACGUUCCUGCGACGAAAGAGGAUGAGCCUUCGCGUGGCAAACGCGUUUGGAACAGGGCCUGGCCAGGACGCGCGUGGAAGUGCAGCACCACACGGCCUGCUCACCGCGUCCAUGAAACGCAAGCGGCGCGGGUCCAUCUCUGCUGGUGGCCGGCGACUGCAGGGGUCCGGGUCGCCGCGAAAUUCAAACGCGCGCAGCCCUCGCCGCGGACACAGCCGCACAGCGUCGCGGGACGAGGAAGCACGCGCUGUGACAUCGACAACAGCAUCAACGGCAGCCGGUGACGACAGCCAACAUCAAGGUGCAACGCCAGCCAGUAGUGUGAGUGCACAGGAUACGAGCAACAAGUCGGGACAGGGAAUGACUGCAGCUACUAGCGGUGAAGCCGAACGCAGUGAUGGCAGCCAGCAAGCAUCUGUUGGUGUUGGCGGUGAUGAUGGUAGAACCCCCGACGCCAACCAGCCUCAGCAGCAACAAGCAGACGAAGAGCAAGAUGGAGCAAGUAAAGGUUCGGCACGCGGUGAUGAACACGCUGGUGGCAACGAGGCAGACGAUGGCGAUGGUGAGGAGGAGGAGGAGGAGGAAGAAGAUGCAGAAGCGGAUGACGAGCAAGCGAGACGAGAAUGGUCGCACCUGUUUGAGUUUCCAGAGCAGCGCAUCGCAGCAGCACAUCUUGACCCCAUCCACCUGUUCAGCGAACCGCCCACGCGCAGCGCAAACAACCCGUUCCUCGUCACCCCAGAGGAGCACGAGCGCAUCCAGGCCAGCGCACUCGCCCUGUUUCAGGAUGACGACGAUGACGACGACGACGCCAACACCACCAUGAACAGCACCUCCACGCUCAGCCUGAGCAUGCUGGGGUCCCUCUCUCCGUCCACAUCCAAGAGCGCAGAGCUGCACCGCAGCAGAAGCGCAGCGAACGCAAGCGCGCUGGCCCGCAACAGCGGUAGCAGCAGCAGCAGCAAUGGCGGUGGUGGCGAUAGUGGGGACAGCACGGGUGCACCAACAGCGGAGGAGCUGCACGCGUUUGCACAGAACCUCUCACCGAGCAACCCGUUCAAGUCGCACCUGCAGACCCGCCCGCGGUCUGCCUCCUCUGGUGCGCAUCCACUGCGCAAGGCCGCAUCCACCAACUCGAUUUCAGCCUCUUCCUCGCCCUCCACCACGGCCCGCGCCAGCAACCCGUUCCUCGCCACUAUCCAGCAGCAGCAGCGGCAGGCAGAUGGUGGCGGCAGUGGGCGCAGGAGCACGUGCAGCAGUCCUGGCCAACAGGGCACGGAGCGCCUGACCAAGAGCGUGACCCCUACAGCAGGUGUGCUGGCCGUGUCGUCAUCAACACCAACGCAGGGAUCGGCAGUCACGUCGGGUUCUGCGUCCCCACCACAGGCCAGCAUGCCGCCUCGGCCGCCAAAGCCAGUGCACCUGCUGGCCCAGGACCCAACGAGCACACCACCGGGCCAGAGCGGCAGUGCAACAGCAACGACGACAGCAAUGUCAUCGUCAUCGUCAUCAGCAGUACCGCCAUCGUCGUCCCCGCUGUCAUCAUCGCCGCCCCCGCCGCUGCCGGCGCGAAAGGCGCGUGCACCACCGUCGCCAAUGGCCAGUGGUGGUGUGAUUGACACCUUCCAGGCCAACAGCAGCGGCACAGACCUGAAGCCGAGCCCCUUGGCCGUGCAAGCCAUGCACCCACGCACCUCCGCCACCAGCCAGCCAUCUCCAGCGACAACAACGUCAACACCAACAAUAACAACGACGGCGCCAACAGCAACAGCAGCAGCAGCCUCGUCGGUGUCAGACCGUCCAGCACGGCCCACGCUGAGCCUGGGUGGCGUUGACAGCGGCGACUCGUCCACGGACCACAUCCGGCAGUCGUGGUAUCUGCCCGGCGCCACAGCUGACACGCACGCGGGCAGCAGCGGUGGCGGCAACGUUCCCCGCACGAGCACGAUGAAGUCGAGUGCUGCAACCACACGCGCAGCGGCUGCACUGGCGGCGUCGUCAUCCCCAUCGUUGGUGGGCGGAGCAGGUGCAGCUUCGCCGCCGAAGCAGCGCCCACGCAGCCCCUUUGCAGGCAAGAACAACCCGUUUGUACAGCUGAUGGAGGCCGAGGGCGGAAGGGGCCGCGGCGGUAGCGAUGGUGACGAUACCCGGGCACCGACGCAGGAAGGAGGUGUUGGUGGUGGCGCAGCAACGGGGGAGGACGAUGCAACAGCAGAGGCGAUGAAGGCGUUUAUCGAGGAGGGAGAUGAGAUUGAUGCUGAGACGGGUCUGGUGAUUCGGAAACUUGAGGCCAACCCAGGCGACUCAAACACAUCCACAGCAGCAGCAGCAGGGACGGGUGCAGGCGACACGUCGAUUGUCUCGUCCACGGCAGGGGACACGUCCAUCGCACGCGCACGUACACCAAGCGCUGGUGACACCGACGGUGAUGGUGAUGGUGAUGGGGAUGGUGAUGGUGAACGCAACGCGGGGCGUGAUGCAAACGCAGGCGGCGGCGGCGGCGGCGGCGGUGGGCUGAUGCUGAGGGUUCGUUCGACCUCCACUGCAAGCAGCAGGGGCGGAGCCGCGCCAGAUGCACAUGUUUUGGCCACAAAGUCGGAUGUUGCACCGACACCCUCGUCACCGUCGCCAACCACCGCCCAACGGCAGGCAGCGGCAGCAGUGCUGUCGACGUCAGCCCCGUCCAUGAUCCCAUCGCGUGGAUCGUCGUUGUCGCUCGGGUCGACUGGUGGCAGUACACGCACCUCGCAGGCGUCACCACGUCCCCAUGGCCGCGGCACGCCGGGUGCUCCCACGGCAGCGGCGGCCGGUACCGACGCAAACACAACAACGGCAGCGCCAGCCACGACGUACUACUGCCGUGUGCGUGCAGGCACGCUGACGCAGGUGCUGGAGUAUCUCAUCUCCGACCGCAUGCGGGACCCGAACCUGCUGGGCACGCUGCGUACGUGCUUCCCCGUGUUCACGACGGCCAAGGACCUGAGCAGCAGACUCAUCACGCACCACCGCGGGCUCAUGACUGCGCGGACGGGGGGCGGCGGCGGCGCUGCUGAGGACGCCCUGGUGUGGAAGCACUGCCGCCUGGCCACGGCCAUGAGCGAGUGCCUGGAGUCACUGGUGCCCGACCUGAGCGCGCGGCAGCUGCGGGAGCUGCAGGCGGUGGUGUACGAUCUGCUGCAGCUUGAGCACGUCGACGUCGCCGCAGCGUACCUGGAGGACCUGUGGGUGGCCAUUGGGGAGCGGCUGGAUGCGCAGCAGGCAGAGGAGGAGCAGGAGCUGGCGGCGUCGAGCCAGCCGCGCGCAAAGGUGGCGGUGCCAGCAGCACCGGCCGGGCAGCGACCAACGGCGCUGCUGGCGUAUUCGACGACAGAGCUGGCCAGGGAGCUGUGCGUGAUGGCCAACAAGCUGUUUGGGCGCAUCUCUGCGCGGGAACUGCUGGCGUGGCGGAAGAAGCAGUCUGCGGAGAACAGCCCGAACGUGAUGAAGAUGAUUGAGCACUUCAACCACGUGUCCAUGUGGGCGGCCACGUGCGUGGUGUGCACGCCGAAGCUCAAGCACAGGGUGAAGGUGAUGGCGAAGCUGAUCCAGCUGAUGAAGCAGCUAAAGAAGCACCAGAACUUUGACACGCUGCUUGCCAUCCUGUCUGGCAUGAACAACGCGGCGGUGUAUCGUCUCAAGCACACGUUUGCCAGCCUGAACGCCAAGACGCAGGGCACGCUUGCGCGCCUGCAGGAGCUGAUGAGCCACGAGAAGAGCUUCCUCAAGUUCCGCUACUACUGCCGCCAGCUCAAGCCCCCCGUUAUCCCAUACCUGGGCAUGUAUCUCUCCGACAUUGUGUUUGUGCACGUUGGCAACCCAGACUACGUGGAGCUUGGUGCCGCCGUGCACCGCGGCAACACCUCAGAAAAGAUUAUCAACUUUGCCAAGAUGCACCAGCUGUACAACAUCUGCGCGGCGGUUGAGGAGUACCAGAGUCACCCUUUCAAGUUUCAGUCCAAGGAGGAGAUUCGGCAGUGCUUUGACGGCUUCAACCACAAGACCCACGAUGAGCUGUAUCAGCUCAGCCUGGAGAUUGAGCCGCGCGGCGCAACGCUGGAGCAGAUUGCGUGACGCUGGCCGUGUGGCAUAUUGAGAUGGGAUGAGGAUGGGAGAUGAUGAAGGACAUGUUAUUGGGUGACGAUGAGAUGGUGCGGUGUGCUUGCCUCCUGUUGCUAUGUUACAUUACACGUCUUGCGUGAUUGCUUGCUUGCUACGCUGCUUUGGCUCGAACAAGAUGGAAUUUGAAUGGAUGAAGUGCAGCUGUACGCGACCUGGGCAAGAAGGUGGUGGCUGUACGAGAUGGGGCUGCGAGAGUGGUGCG